AUGGUCCCCGGGUCCGAGGGCCCGGCUCGCGCCGGGGGCCUGGUAGCUGACGUGGUGUUUGUGAUUGAGGGCACCGCCAACCUAGGGCCCUACUUCGAGGGGCUCCGCAAGCACUACCUGCUCCCGGCCAUCGAGUAUUUUAAUGGUGGUCCUCCCGCCGAGACGGACUUCGGGGGAGACUAUGGGGGGACCCAGUACAGCCUCGUGGUGUUCAACACGGUGGACUGCGCUCCCGAGUCCUACGUACAGUGUCACGCUCCCACCAGCAGCGCCUAUGAGUUCGUCACCUGGCUCGAUGGCAUUAAGUUCAUGGGCGGGGGUGGCGAGAGCUGCAGCCUCAUCGCAGAAGGCCUCAGCACGGCCCUGCAGCUGUUCGAUGACUUCAAGAAGAUGCGAGAGCAGAUUGGCCAGACACACCGCGUCUGCCUCCUCAUCUGUAAUUCGCCCCCAUACCUGCUGCCCGCUGUUGAGAGCACCACAUACUCCGGGUGCACAACGGAAAGUCUCGUGCAGAAGAUUGGGGAGCGAGGGAUCCACUUCUCCAUCGUGUCCCCUCGGAAGCUGCCUGCCCUGCGGCUUCUGUUCGAAAAGGCGGCCCCCCCGGCCAUGCUGGAGCCACUGCAGCCGCCAGCAGACGUGAGCCAGGACCCACGGCACAUGGUGCUGGUGCGGGGACUCGUGCUGCCCGUCGGGGGUGGCUCGGCCCCAGGCCCCCUCCAGCCAAAGCAGCCCGUCUCCCUGCCUCCAGCUCCAUCCUCGAGUGCUGCGCUCUCGGCAGCCCCCCAGCAGCCUCUGCCCUCCGUCCCCCAGCAGUACCAGGUUCCCGGGAACCUGAGCGCAGCUCAGGUGGCUGCUCAGAAUGCAGUGGAGGCUGCCAAGAACCAGAAGGCUGGGCUGGGCCCGCGCUUCUCGCCCAUCAACCCUCUCCAGCAGGCGGCUCCAGGAGUGGGUCCCCCCUUCAGCCAAGCCCAGGCCCCUGCGCUGCCACAGGGGCCACCUGGCGCCCCCAAGCCGUCUCCCACUUCCCAGCCCAACCUGGUCUCCACGGUGGCUCCUGUUCAGGGCCUGGCCCCCACUGCACAGCCUGGGCCACCGUCCAUGGCAGGCACGGUUGCUCCAGGUGGGGUGAGUGGCCCCUCCCCAGCCCAGCUCGGGGCCUCGGCCCUCGGGGGGCAGCAGUCCGUCUCCAACAAGCUCCUGGCCUGGAGCGGGGUCCUCGAGUGGCAGGAGAAACCCAAACCUGCCUCCGUGGAUGCCAACACCAAGCUGACGCGGUCACUGCCUUGCCAGGUCUACGUCAAUCAGGGCGAGAACCUGAAAACAGAGCAGUGGCCCCAGAAACUGAUCAUGCAGCUCAUCCCCCAGCAACUGCUGACCACACUGGGCCCUUUGUUCCGGAACUCAAGGAUGGUCCAGUUCCAUUUCACCAACAAGGACCUGGAGUCGCUCAAAGGCCUCUACCGCAUCAUGGGCAACGGCUUUGCGGGCUGCGUGCACUUCCCCCACACGGCCCCCUGUGAGGUGCGCGUGCUCAUGCUCCUGUACUCGUCCAAGAAGAAGAUCUUCAUGGGCCUCAUCCCCUACGACCAGAGUGGCUUCGUCAACGGCAUCCGGCAGGUCAUCACCAACCACAAGCAGGUGCAGCAGCAGAAGCUGGAGCAGCAGCGCGGGAUGGGGGCGCAGCAGGCACCGCCCGGGCUGGGCCCCAUUCUGGAGGACCAGGCCAGGCCCUCACCGAAUCUGCUCCAGCUCCGCCCACCGCAGCCCCAGCCUCAGGGCACUGUGGGGGCCUCUGCAGCCGUAGGGCAGCCCCAGCCCCAGAGCGCUGCCCAGGCUCCCCCAGGCGCUGCCCAAGGCCCUCCCGGAGCAGCUCCUGGCCCGCUCCCUCCUGGACCUAUCCUUCGGCCCCAGAACCCUGGGGCCAAUCCCCAACUGCGGAGCCUCCUCCUUAACCCACCACCGCCCCAGACGGGGGUGCCCCCACAGCAGGCUUCCCUUCACCACCUCCAGCCACCAGGGGCCCCUGCGCUGCUGCCCCCACCGCACCAGGGCCUGGGGCAGCCCCAGCUGGGACCCCCCCUCCUGCACCCGCCACCUGCCCAGUCCUGGCCUACACAGCUUCCCCCGCGGGCUCCACUGCCAGUGUCACAACCAAAGAGAGAACGAGAGGGCCCCGUGUUUCGAAAAAAAUGGGAGCGAGACUAUUUCUUUGUGGAAGUGAAGAACAUGCCUACGUGUUUAAUAUGCAAAAAAAUCAUGUCUGUGUUGAAAGAGUACAACCUGAAACGUCAUUAUGAAUCAAAGCACAGUAAGAACUUCGACCAGUAUACAGACCAGACACGAGAUGCGAUGCUCAGUGAACUGAAAAAGGGCCUCAAGUGUCAGUAGGGUUUGGAAAGCCAACCGUAGAAAUGCCGUGGCUGCCACAUGCAGCCUCACAGUGAUGUGAAGAGAAUUACCUGGGCAUUAAAACCUCCGACACACGGCGAGUUUAUAAAGGAGCAGAUGACAUGUCCUGGACAGAAAACACAUCUGUUUGGGCCAUUAUUUAAGUCGAACAGGCGUUUAUUUGCAUUGUACGGUGUGUCGAAGAGAAAUCAGAAGAUUGACAAGUCCAGUUGCUCGGAAGAGUCAAAUCUAUUGUGGCCUUUUCUAUUUCUGCGCAUGAACUACUUCCACCCAGUUAGCUUUAUUUAUUUGUGAAGUUGAGAAUUUUCAUGUGACCGAAGAAGUCUGUGACAUGGUGCCAGGGCAGGCCCAACACUGGGUAAAGGCUUAUUUUUGUGUAUUUGCAGAAAUGAAAAGUUUUACGUAGACAGGUCCGAACUCCUAAGCACAGCCACAGACAGUUGUAACGUAAUGACCUAUGUCACAGGGGUACUUGUCGGGACUCCACAGUCCAAGGUGGCAACGUUUGGUGAGGACAGUCAGGUGAUUGUAUCAGUCACCUGGAACUGAACUGUGCAAAGAAAGUCAGUGGAGCACACCGCGGUCGCCCUUGAUGCGCUUCUGUACGUUCAUCACAGGCAGGUUGAUGGUGAACGUGAGCCAGUGUAUUCCACAGAAGCCCUAUGACCUGGUCGUCACGUGAUGUGUGGAAGAAGGCAGAACUGUUGCAACCAAUCUACUUGGUUCAUUUCCGAUGAGGCAAAAGCCACACCUUGGUUUCCCUGUGAAAGUUGGUCAAAGACUUUGGGUCAAGGUUAUGACCCUCCUGAACACUUUUUCUGCGCAAGAACAUUCACAAACAGCGACUUGAAUGUAUGAUCAUGUCUGCCCAGUCCUGGCAAAAACGGGAAGCCAUAAGCAAGGAAUAUUCUGCCUCCGUUUCCUUUGCUGCAGUUGGUUUCCAGAAAUGAAAGACAUGACCCGGACAGUAUUUACCCAAAUUUUGGGGUUAAAGACCGAAUUCCCUGAAGGCUUUCUGCAUCCAGACUCUGAGGAUGGACUAACACUGUCAGGUUGCCUUUGCUGGGCGAUGCCGGUCGUGUGAAUGCGGGCCACACAGAGUAGUUACGGAACCACAGUGCAAUAGGGUGCUGGUCCCGGCGCCUGCCCCGCAGCUCUCCACUAGUUGUCCUGAGUCUCCACGUGCGGAGGUCCCCACGGUUGUGAAAGGCGGUUUUCCGUUACGAAACGGAAUCAAAUUAAACACCGCUCCCAGGAUUCAAGGCUGAAUUCUUUAGUGCCCAUCCCACCGUGCCCCCCGGGCCUGAUGCUUCCUUCUCGGUGCGGAAGGGGUGAUGUCAGCCUUCUGGCUUCAACUCAAAGGAGCAAAAGAAUUACAAAAGAGAAAAUUUUAAUAAUUAGAUCUAUUUUUCAAUUUGUAUUUUUUCAACUCUGAAUUUGAAAUAUAAACUCCAGUACCAAA